CGGUAUGGGAUUGGUACUUGGAAAGGGCAAGGAAGAGAUGUUACUAUCGAUGACCUUCCCUUGUUUUCCUUCUUGAUAAACAACCAGACUUUUAUUGUGAAACUGUCGGAAAGUGCAGCCGGAAGUGCUUUUAUUUAGUCAGCGAUCCAGUACUGUCAUGGCGGCGGCAGCAACUCCAGCGGUUCCCGAUCAAGCGCCUAAAAUGCAGGCACCGGGGCAGGUGCCGUUUGACCCGUCUCAGGCCCCGGUUAUCGAAGGCUUCACCCCAAUAACGCUGGCCAAAAAUGAGAGCUUUAAGGAAAAGUUCAUGAGGAAAACCAAGGAAAAUCCUUUCGUCCCGAUAGGUUGUGCGGCAACAGCCGGAGCGCUGAUAUAUGGUCUUCGCGCCUUCCACCAAGGAAAAACCAGACAGUCCCAGCUGUUGAUGAGGGGUCGUAUUUUUGCUCAAGGCUUCACCGUAGUCGCCAUCAUCGUUGGCAUCUUUGCCACAUCGUUGAAACCCAAGCAGUGAAAACGAAAUCUCGCGCUUCUUGAAAGUGUCCAUUCACUCUGGACUCAGACCAGAUCCAUUGUUGAAAUGGCCUCUGAAUAACUGAAUGAUGUGUAAUAUAGCCAACAUUGUUCAGUUACACAUCCUAUUUAUAGUUUGUUUUUUUUAAAGAAAAAUAUUGAACUGCCCAUUUGUUAAAAAUCGGCUGUGCGGAACAGCAAAGUGGUGUCCGCUCAAGUAAGCAAAUGGGAAAUUGGUUUAAUAGCGCUAAGACUUUUCAACUUUGCAUUAAAUGUUUCUUCUGUUGAUAACAUUAGCCAUA